ACAAAAGAAACACAAUCUUUUGGAAAUCCGCGUCUUCUCAAUCCAGCCAAUCAGAGACAAGAACACUACCGGAAGCAGGCAAUCAGAGACCAUCACACGGAUCGCACUCGCUAAAAAGCCGUUAAAGAAGACCCCAAAUCCUCACCUUUCCCCUCCUCUCGCCUCCCCCCACCUCCUAACCGACCUUACGUAGACUCCCUAUAAAACUCCAAACGUUCCUUCUUGUCUUUUUUUAAUCGUCUCCGACUUCCGUAUUUCUCGAAAGAUCAAAACCCUAAUUUCGAGUACCUCUCUUCGAUUUUCUUCCAGACCUCUGAAUCGAAAUGGCUCGUACGAAGCAAACCGCUCGCAAAUCAACUGGAGGAAAGGCUCCGAGGAAGCAGCUUGCCACCAAGGCCGCGAGGAAGUCGGCGCCUACCACCGGUGGAGUGAAGAAGCCUCACCGUUAUCGUCCUGGAACUGUUGCCCUUCGUGAAAUCCGGAAAUACCAGAAGAGCACGGAGCUCUUGAUUCGCAAGUUGCCUUUCCAGCGCCUGGUGCGUGAAAUUGCGCAAGACUUCAAGACGGAUUUGAGGUUCCAGAGCCACGCUGUUCUGGCUCUUCAGGAAGCUGCAGAGGCAUAUCUGGUGGGUCUGUUUGAGGAUACCAAUCUGUGCGCAAUCCAUGCCAAGAGGGUCACCAUUAUGCCUAAGGACAUUCAACUUGCUCGUCGAAUCCGCGGCGAACGAGCUUGAGCCAUCUUUCUCCUAGUUGUCCUCGGGACAAGAUUAGUUCUAUCAUAGUUUCUGGUUUUGUAUAUUGGCUUUUGCGUACUUCGAAUACUCUUUAAUUCAUGCUUUUUAGAGGCGCAAGCUAUUUGCUUGGAACUUAUUUCUUUGGUUAGAACACAUAUUUGAUAUUGAUAUGCAGCCAGCUUUUUGCUUC